CAACACAGCCAGCAGGAUGUGUGUUUGGUCAACACUGGUGCUUGGCCAUUGCCUAACUUAGAAGCAACUGAGGAGGAGCACGGCUAGCUAUUGCUUUGUAACCCAACUUCACGCCAUUAGAAGCAACUCGUUCCUCCUUUUCUGCUAAGCAGGAACUGUAAAUAUGCUUACCAGUGCGAGGACAGCCUAUAACUCGAACUACAACCUGCUUAUUUUUACCGAUGGCGGCUUCUAACGACAUUCCGUCGGGUACAGUCACAUUAACUGACAGUUCUCCUUUACCUAGUCGACAAGUUCACCGUGUCCCGUCAGCACUGAGCCGGCUAUGUACAAACAGGAAUAGUUCCCCCAAGUGGUCUGUUCGUACGUGGUUUAUUCUCGUCGCGAUUAUUGCAUUCAACUUCUGGUGUCCACUGGUCGCGUCAUCAUCAGGACGAUUAAGUCCUGAAAUUGAGCCACUAGCUGACGUUUCAUCGCAACCAUGCUGCAUGAAUCGCACUAGCGAACUGACAGUCACUGACGCCGAGCAACAAGUACUUAUUUCCCGCCAGCUCAGUGCGUUAACCUCUGACAACGCUAACUCGACGCGUGGUAACAUCCAUGUUUGGGAGCCGUCUGAACAACCUGCUCCUAGUGCAUCCAGCACUGCGUCUAGUAGUGAGUCGACUUAUAAUGGUGAUAUUUCGACGCCGAUAUCCGUCAGUGGAGUUGACUCCAGAAGAGUUUUAUCAAAAGAGAAUGAGGUGAAGAUCGGGUGCCUCGUCGCAACGGACGUCGCUGAAGGCAUUCAUAUGCUGGCAGGCAGCGUGAUGGCAGUGGAUGCCAUCAACAGCGACCCCUCCAUCCUCCCACAUCACCAUCUGCGCCUCACCACUGCCAACUACUCUAUGGCCGCUCCCAUCGGUAGCAUGAUGGCAGCCUACAGCCUUGUGCUGCAUCAUCCCGUGGCAGUGAUCGGCCCGCACUCGUCAGAGCAAGCAGCACUCGUGAGCCCGUUUGCCACCGCCACGCAGGUGCCCUUCGUGUCUGCGUCUGCAACAGACGCCCAGCUGACCGUCGGUGGCAACCGCCCCUUCUUCAUGCGCACUGUGCAGGGUGACGGCCACCAGAUGAAGGCCAUUGCAGAUAUUCUGGCGAUCUACGAGUGGAGGGAGUUCAUUGCAGUUCACAGCGAUGACCGGUACGGGGCCAAUGGAAUCACGGCCCUUGAAACAUGCGUGCUUGCGCUUAAUAAAGGCAUCAGCAUGGCCCAUCGCGUGGCCAUCUCUCCUGGGGACACAACAGCAGCAGUGGAGCAGCACCUGCAGCUGCUGCUAGAAGUGGACAUUGCUGUGUAUGUGCUGCACGCGUCGGCUGCUGUUGCCAAGACCAUCAUUCUUGCUGCGGACAAGCUGGGGCUGUUUUCGGCAAACAACGUGUGGAUCGCCACCGAGGGCAGCGCUCUCCUCACUGGCUCUGCACUGCAGUACGCUAAGGGCAUGGUAGUGACUGCCACUGACAUCCCCGUAACCGCUCCCUUAGCUGCGUUCGUCAUCAAGUGGCGGUCGCUGGACCCAGUGCGCUUCCCCAACGUCAGCCGCCAGAUGCCCAUGGCCUAUGCACUGGCUUCCUAUGACGCAGUCUUCCUCAUCGCCCAUGCUCUACACUCUAUCCUCUAUACUAACAACACCUCUACCAGCACCACCAACUCUUCGUCCGAAAACACCACUACCACAACAGGGCCACUCACUAACCUCACUUCGCCCUCUGAUUUGCCCUGGUCACGCCUCAACUUGGACCUGCUGCCAGAGAGCAGCAAGGGCGCUGACAUGAGCAGCAAUGGCAGCAAUUGCAGCAGUGCAGACAGCAGCGGCGGCAGCAGCAACAGUAGCCACAGCAGCAGUGGUAACCAUGGCAGCGAUAGCGGUGCUGAGCAGCGCCUCAUUCCCCCACUCGCAUCACUCCAGCGAAGCCCAUUGGGCCCCACCCUGCGGGAAGCCAUGCUGCGAACCACAUUCCUGGGUGCAUCAGGCACCAUCUCCCUGACCCCUUGGGGCGACCAGCAGAGCAACAUGACCCGCAUCCUCAACAUCCAAGCCCACAAGAGCACCCCUGUAAACGCAGGGUCAACGCAGUCAACAGAGUCAAUGCAGUCUACAGAGUCCCUUGUGAAUGCCGCUGGCAUCACUGCUCCAGUCAGCGUGGACGGGAAAGUGAAGGUGGUGCCGGUGGGCUACUGGUCUCCCACGCGCCGCCUCUUCCAAGCACCAGCUAUUUCGGCGAAUGCGACCGAUGGCGGGGCGCAGCAGCAAUCGGUUGACAUUGUCUUUCCUGGAGGGCGGACACAGCCUCCCAGAGGAGCUUUUCCGAAGCGGCGAGUUCGUAUCGCUGUACCAAAGAAGCUGAUCUACCUGCAGUUCGUCAAUAUCUCCGCUGACCAAAGCCUGGGCAACGCCCGGUUCUCCGGCUACUGUGUGGAUCUGUUUCGCAUGGCCGUGGCCCGUCUCCCUUAUAAGCUCGACUACGAGCUUGUAGAGUACCCUGACGCCCUGAUCAGCUACACCCAGAUGGUGCAGGCUGUAGCGAAUGAGGAGUUUGAUGGGGCGGUGGGCGACAUUACAGUCGUGGACACCCGCCUCAAGAUGGUCUAUUUCACCCAACCCAUCCUUCAAUCAGGUCUGAGUCUCAUUGGCUACGCCAGGGAGAGCAGCGACCCCUGGACGGCCUUUGUACCCUUCACCCCCUCCAUGUGGGCCGCGCUGCUGGGGCUCUCUCUGCUCACAGGCGCGCUCAUGGUGUUUCUGGAGUGGCGCCUCAACGCCCACUUCCGGGCGAAGCUGCACCAGCUUGUGAUCACGGCUACAUGGUUUGGGAUUCACACUCUCUACUCCGUUAUUGUCUACUCAAUCCGCUCUGUCCUAGCACGAGUGCUGCUCGGCAUGUGGCUUGUGCUUGCGUUUCUCUUCCUCGCCACCUACACCUCCAACCUCACUGCCAUCCUCACCGUUCAAAGGCUCACCCCCACCAUCCUGGACAUCACCACGGCCAUCAACAGCAAUGUGCCCAUCGGCUACCAGCAGGGCUCCUUCGUCAAUGCCUACCUGCUGCAGCUUGGCGUCUCUCUGAGCAACCUCAUACCGCUAGCAGAGAUCGACCAGUACAGCGAGGCUCUUUCCUCCGGCCGUGUCACGGUGAUAGUGGACGAGGACCCCUACCUGGCCAUCUUCACCUCGCAGUUCUGCGACGUCAUGCAGGCCGCACAGCCCUUCUCCUCCCUCAACCUCGCCUUUGCCUUCCAGAAGGGCACCGCCCUGGGGCCUGACAUCUCGAAUGCAAUCGCAGAGCUGCGGUCGACCCAGGAGAUAGAGGAACUACAUGCCAAGUACUUCAGCUCCGACAGCAUCUGCCCCCAGAAGACCACAGCGGUGCAGUUCGGUGUGCAGCGGUUCGGAGGCCUCUACAUCAUCUACUUCGCCAUUUCCAUGAGCUGCUGCGUUGUCUAUGUCGCCCUACUAAUCUAUCGCGGUUACCGUUACGUCAGGGAGAAGGGAGUGCAGUCGCUAGUGGACAAGGUCAAGAGCUUCCGAAGGGAUCCGCCCAGUACCACUGAGCAAACUGCUGACUCUGAUGACCCAGUUGACUCUGACACAGACAGCUUUGGCGCGUUGCCUGGUCUUGGGAUGAGCAGAGGGGGAAGCAGAAGGGGCACUGGUAGAGGGAGCAGCAGAGGGAGCAACAGAGAGCGGAGCAGAGGGAGCAGUAGGGGAAGCAGAGCAGGGAGCAGCAGAUUGGGAUCAGCUGAGCAACCAACAGCAGACAACGAACUGACUGAGUCCAGAGCUCGAGUGCCUCUCUCCUCUUCCGCCACCCCGCUCCGCUCACGGUCAUUCGUUAAAGCCCCUCGGAGCAACCUCUCCCCCUCGUCUCGUUCUCUCCUCUCCCAGUCUUCUCCCAGGGCGGCGCACAACCCUCUGUCCUCUUCUUGCUCAUUCGGGCCGCAAUCUUCCCCCACCGCCCAAAUGGGUGUGAGGAGAGAUUGUGGUGACGCGCUCCAAGAGACGGGUGCGAGCGGCGCAGACGAGAAGAGGCAAGAGUGUUGUGAGGCGCCGGUCUCCCAACCGCUCUCUCGAGCGGACUUUCUCUCUCCAUCGGGUUCGGCGGCGAUCUUCCCCCACCGCCAGUCCACUGCUGCUCACGCCUCGCUCGCUGGCUCGAAGCGCUGCCGGGAAGAUCAGAUGAGAAGUGAUGAGGGAGAUGCGGACGCUCUGACCGUAUUUGAGCCAAUGGCAUUGAAAGGUGAUGAUGGGGAUGAUUUUGAGUUGACUCAAAAGCAGGCGAGCAGUGAUGACGACGGUCAGACCAUAUAUGAGUCAAUUCCAUCGAACAGUGAUGAUGGGGAUGGUUUCGAGUCGACUCAAAAGCAGGCGAGCAGUGACGAGGGAGAUGACGACGCUAUGACCAUAUAUGAGUCAAUUCCAUCAAACAGUGAUGAUGACGGGGAGGAUGACGUGCUGCUGAUGGUGGGGGAUGAGGGGGAGGGAGCAGAGGUGGGUCUAGAGGAGGGCAGGGAGGAGAAGGGGCAGCAGCAGGAACAGCAGGAACAGCAGGAGCAGCAGGAGCAGCAGGAGCAGCAGGCGCGCUCAGCAGCAGCGUCACCUGGUGCUGCUCCUACUCCUGCUCUUGCUGCUCCGCCUGCUGCUGCUGCUCCUGCUUCUCCUCCUUCUCCUCCUGCUGCUCCUGUUGCUGCUGCUAUUGCUGUACCUGCAGCAGCAGCAGCAGCAGCAGCAGCAGCAUCCAGCAACAAAGCAGCGAAAGACCCGCAGCAUCUUUCAACCCUUGACUCACGUUCUGCUGAUGGCAGCAAAAGAAGACCAUUCAACGACGGCCAGGCAUCUGGCAUUGAGGAGGCUUCAAUCAGAGAGGCAUCCAGCAGCAAAGCGCAUUCUCUCCUGACAUCCGACUCACAGACAGCUCAUGGCAGCAAUAGAAGGCAAGAUUUAGACAGCGGGCAGGCACCUAGCAUUGAGGAAACUUCACUCGGAGAGCGAACAAACAGCAGCGAGGGUGCAUGUGCAGCUAAAAGGGAACCAACAGGAGAGAGAGGGGAGGGAGCAGGGGGAGAAGAGGCGCAAGGCAGCAGCAACAAGGACCAUCUCCCUCCCUCUCCUCCCCAUACUUGCGCCCCCACCAGCGCUGCCACCAGCUCAAGCACCAGCGCCCAGCCAAGCACCACCAUCCAUCUGCCAAAGCUUCCCAGACUGACAUCAAUCAUCCCGCGACUUCCCUCAGCUGAGAGCCUCUCAAAACCCGCUGCACUCCCCAGACGGCAGUCCAAAGAACUCCCCCCUCUGCAGUCCGUUCCGAGCCGGCCAGCCGUUUCUAGUCUGCCGCCCGCUCCCAUCUUUCCAUCCAUCCCCAGCCUGCCGUCCAUUCCCAAUCUGCCGUCCAUUUCUCGUCUGCCAUCCAGCCUGCCAUCCAGUCUGCCAUCCAUGGGGUCGAUAGACCUGCCGAGGGUGGAGUCGCUGCAGAGCAAGCUAGACGGCCUCGUGGACAAAUUCCACAAGGGCAAAGAAUGGAGCCGCGAGAGGCACCUGUCCACCUACAACACAAAGCAGCAGCAGCAGCAGCAGCAGCAGCAGCAGCAGCAGCAGCAGAACACACCGUUCGAGUUCAGGUCCGCCUCCUCCUCCUCCGCACUUGGAGCAGCAUCCCCUGCGUCUAGAGCAGCAUCCCCUGUGUCGAGAGCAGCAUCCCCUGUGUCGAGAGCAGCAUCCCCUGCGUCGAGAGCAGCAUCCCCUUCUUCUAUACCAACAGCCCCCGCUCCCACUGCCCUUCGCCACUCUGUCACCAGCACCACCCACUCACCGCAUUUCCCACCCGCAUCCAGCCACACCUCCCUCCCCUCCUUUUCGCCUUCCUCCUCCACCUCCUCUUCUCGCUCUGUCGGACCCAGCAGACGGCCGUUUGUUCCCAGGCCAUCAUCGCGAGCGCUGCCGGUAGUCCGACAACCGUCGCGAGCGCAGCCUGUCUCCUCUCACGGCCCAACAGGCAGGUCGGCGGCGAUCGUGCAACACAAGGCCACCACGCCUGGGCCUCGUAGUGCGACAGAUAGAUCGGUGUCCUUCGCACCAUCGCAUGUGCCGUUGCAUGCAUCCACACGUACACCGAAGCAUGCACGAUCAGAUGCAGCAUCAUCAGGUGCAGCAUCCAGACAAUCAUCACUCGCAAGCACAAGCAGCACCCCUUCCCCCUCCUCACACACCCUCCCCAGCGCGCAACUAUCCUCCCAAGCACUCCUUGAAGCCCCAAGUCCACCCACGUCAGACCACCCCAUUCCCCCAACAUCCACCCCGCCAGUACAGGGCCAGCUUAGCAAUGCUCUGAUUGGCGAACGUGCCAGUGGCCGUCCACCUAGGCUGCCUCCUGACCGCCCACCUGAAGUGCCACCUGACCGUCCACCUGAGCGCCCCCCUGAGCAGAGGCGACCCAAGUCAGCGAUGGCGCGGCGGCAGCGGGCAGCGUGGAAGGUGCAGGCACAGUACUCGCCACGGGCCCGACGGAGAGUUAAGACUGCUGCUGUGAUGAAGGUGCAAACGCGAAUGAAGACGAGCUUUGGGACGUCUCACAGUCAAUGAUGGUGCAGUGAGGAGUCUCACAGUCAAUGAUGGCGCAGUGAGGAGUCUCACAGUCAAUGAUGGCGCAGUGAGGAGUCUCACAGUCAAUGAUGGCGCAGUGAGGAGUCUCACAGUCAAUGAUGGCGCAGUGAGGAGUCUCACAGUCAAUGACGGCGCAGUGAGGAGUCUCACAGUCAAUGAUGGCGCAGUGAGGAGUCUCACAGUCAAUGAUGGCGCAGUGAGGAGUCUCACAGUCAAUGAUGGCGCAGUGAGGAGUCUCACAGUCAAUGAUGGCACAGUGGCAGCGGGCGGCAGGGAAGGUGCGGGUACGGUACUCGCAGCAGGCCCGACGGAGAGUCAAGACUGCUGAUUUUAUGAAGGCGCAGGCGCGGAUGCAGUGCAGUUGGCCUAACCCUUCCCGCUUGUCAGUCACUCCUCCGUGGAGUCACCCUUCCCGCUGCACUGCGCAUGCCGGACGCUUGCACAACCGGCUCAUAUGCCCCACGCCCUCACCCCACCCUGCACGCAACGCAACGGCGCUGCAUCCUACUUCCGCUGUCCUCCGCCAUCGUACUAGGGUGCACAACUGCAGGACUCGCAUUGCAGCACGCAACGCCGCGAGUGCACUGACCUGCUGGACUCAGACAGGUGGGGAACGCGGCCCCUAGUCCAGGUCGACGCUACGACCGCUCGAGUCUGUCUGACCCAUUGCUGCUGACACCAAUACCGUCCUGGGGGAGGGGACUGGCUAGGUCGUGUCCUCUACCCGUUACCUGUGAUCCGAAACAGUCUACAAUAUCUCUCAAGAACUACCGUAGCAAGGAAAAUUGAAUGCGGUCUCUUUCUUCAUGUGAAUACGCAUAUACAAUACUUUUGGCACGGCUAGAAAAUUGGGAAAUCAUAUUGUUGAUUCUAGAUGCGGAUUAUCCUUCAGUCAGCGAAAUAUGAUAAAUGGGCGUAUUCCCUGGCAUGGUUUUGUCUGAUUGAGCUGCACA